UAAGAAAUACAACGACCACAAGUCAUAAACUGCUGUUUCCAUCUCCUCUUUCCCUCCUCUGCUUUCUUGCUCACAUGGCCAUGGCUUCCAGACUCUCACCUACUUCGAUUCUUAAUCUUCCAAUCCCAGCUAGAAAUCUCCCAAACCACCCUCACAGAAUACCUCUUUUUUCUAUUCCACCACCUCUGGUUCUCCAUGCAAAUUCCUCCUUCAAUUUAACAACCAUUUCGCGCUCUAAAGGACGAUCAUCGCCACCGGCACUUGGUGCUGUCCAAGAGGAAGUCGCCCAGUCCCCAAGUUCAGAGCGCACCGGAAAUUCAGAAGCUUCCCCUUCUUCCUCUUCCAAGCUCGUUCUCGUCAUUGGCGGCACCGGCGGCGUUGGUCAGCUGGUGGUGGCUUCGUUGCUCGACCGGAAUAUCAAGUCCCGACUAUUGUUGCGUGACCCCGAGAAAGCCACUACAUUAUUUGGUGAACACGAUGAAGAAACAUUGCAGGUAUUCAAAGGGGACACUCGGAAUCCAGAGGAUCUGGAUCCAUCUAUUUUUGAGGGAGUCACCCAUGUGAUUUGCUGCUCGGGAACUACUGCCUUUCCUUCAAAGCGGUGGGAAGGCGAUAAUACACCAGAAAGAGUUGAUUGGGAGGGUGUGAGAAAUCUUAUAUCUGCACUGCCUUCAUCGCUGAAGAGAAUUGUUCUUGUAUCAUCAGUAGGUGUAACGAAGUCAAAUGAACUGCCAUGGAGCAUUAUGAACCUUUUUGGCGUUCUCAAAUAUAAAAAGAUGGGGGAGGAUAUGCUUCGUAAUUCUGGCCUACCAUUUACAAUAAUCAGACCUGGUAGAUUGACAGAUGGACCUUACACAUCAUAUGAUCUUAAUACAUUGCUCAAAGCUACAGCUGGCAAACGGCGUGCAGUCCUAUUAGGUCAAGGAGAUAAGCUAGUUGGAGAGGUUAGCAGGCAUGUCGUUGCUGAAGCUUGCAUACAGGCGUUGGACAUAGAAUGUACCGAAGGACAAAUUUUUGAAGUCAACUCGGUCGAGGGAGAAGGCCCAGGAAGUGAUCAGCAAAAGUGGCGGGAAUUGUUCAAAGCUGCCCGAGCUCAAUGACUAUAUUUUUGGAUUUCAUUUGGAUCAUUCAUGUAUAUCGACGAUACUGUUUGGAAACAACAUAUGUAAAUGUCUGUAUAGUGUAAAUAACUACUGUGUAAUACUUCGAUUAAGAUCUGUAAAUUUUGUUCCCUUUCGUUUGCUUA